AUGAGCCCAAGCUCAGCUGACUCUGCCCCCGACGCCGACUUUGCCUUCAACAUGGACGCUGCCACCGCCACCAACGCUCGCAUCAACAAGUUUGAUGGUACGAACUUCCACACUUGGAAGUUCAAAAUGCAGAUGGUGCUGGAGGAGCGGGACCUUUGGGAAGUGACAAGCGGGGAGAUCAAGCUGGAACACCUUGCCACUACGCUGGAGCAGUCAACGUUCAAGCGCAAGUCACGGAAGGCGCUCGCGAUAAUCUGUCUUGCGAUGGAGGACUCGCAGCUGCCCCUGGUUCGGUCGGCAAGUGGAGCGUACGAUGCAUGGUCGCGGCUGGAAGGCCACUUUGAGAAGAAGAGCUUAGCCAACAAGCUCUUUCUUCGUCGCCGUUUCUUCACGGCCAAGAUGGAGGAAGGCGAUGAUGUGCUUUCGCACAUUAACAAGAUUAAGACGCUGGCGGAACAACUCGACGCGGUGGGUGCUCCGGUCAGCGAAGACGACCUGGUGAUCACGCUUCUUGGAAGCUUAAGUGAGUCGUUUGCAUUUCUCAUUACUGCUUUGGAGUCAAGGGCCGACUCGCUGUCGUGGGAACUGGUGACAUCCAGGCUGCUACAUGAAGACAUGAAGCGCAAGGAGCAAGGCAGUGACGGGGUCGCUGCAGGUCAAGCGUUCAUGACAGGUGAAAAGAAGCGUAGUGGACGGCCACUCAAGAAGACUGGCGCGUGCAACUACUGCGGCAAGAUGGGUCAUUGGAUCGCGGAAUGUACCUCGCGGAUCCAUGACAACGCGGACCGGCAGCGUCCGCAGCGUGCGAAUGUGGCGCACAACCAAGAUGAAAACUUGAACGAUUACCUGUUUGCAGCUGGAUUGGAGAGCAACGACGACGACAGCGUCGAGAAUCCAGCAUGGCUCAUAGACUCUGGUGCGACGCAGCACAUGUCAUUCUCAAAGCGGUUUAUGACAAACUACAAGAUCAUCGAUCCAGUAAACGUUCAUCUCGCAGACGACGGGGUAGUGCAGGCGAUUGGGACCGGCAACGUAGUGAUGAUGAUGAAGACACCAAGUGGUGCCAAGAAGGGUGUGCUUACGAAUGUGUGGCACAUUCCAAAGCUUUCACGCAAUCUGUUCUCAGUCGGCCGAUUCACCAAGGAUGUUGCUACAGUGACGUCUGAUACGAGCGCCUGUUAUGCAAAUUUCAAGAACCAGAAGUGGAAGAUCGGCGAGCGUGACGGCAAAGGUCUCUUUAAACUAUGCAUGACACCUGUGCAAGUCGAGAGCGCGAGCAUCACAAGUGAAUCCAACAAGCCUCAGAUGAGCAAGUCAUACUUGUGGCAUCUGCGUCUUGGUCACAUUGGCCAUCGUGGACUCGACGCGAUCGUGAAGCAGAAUCUCGGUGUCGGCAUCGACAUUACAUCUGUGGGCAAGUGGGAGCUUUGCAACGGAUGCGCGCUCGGAAAGCAGACGCGAGUGAGUUUUCAGUCAACUACACGUAAACCAGCCAAGGACCUGCUCGACGUCGUGCACUCCGAUGUAUGUGGACCAACGCAGACUUCGACAUUUUCCAACAAGCGCUAUUUUGUGACGUUCAUCGACGACAAGUCACGUUUUUGUACUGUGUACCUCAUUCACAGCAAGUCUGAAGUGUUAGACAAAUUCAUGCAGUUCACCAAGUUUGCCGAGACUCAGACCGGUCGUCGCAUCAAGAUGCUCCGCAGCGACAACGGUGGAGAAUAUGUGUCCAACAAGUUCGCCGCGUUCUGUCGCAACAAAGGCAUCAUACAGCAAUUUACGCCGCCGUACACCCCACAACUUAACGGAGUGGCGGAGCGAAUGAACAGGACUCUAGUCGAGAGUGCUAGAUGCAUGAUUGAGCAUGCGGGACUAAGCAAGCGCUACUGGGGCGAAGCAGUGUCAACGGCAGCGUUCCUACGCAAUCGAUGUCCAACGCAAGCAAUUGGCCAUGACAAGUCCCCGCACGAGGUAUGGACGAAGACGAAGCCAUUGCUGAAAAACCUGAUAGUCUUUGGAUGUCACGCAUAUGUGCAUGUGCCGAAAGAGAAGAGGUCGAAGCUUGAUGCGCGAUCGACGUUGUGCCGCUUCUUGGGCUACUCAGACCACGAAAAGGCGUACCGGUUUGAAGAGAUAUCAAGCAGUCGCAUUCUAGUGAGUCGCGACGCCCAAUUCAUGGAAGACAUGUUCGACAGCGGGAAUUACAUGCAACAAAGUGGCAUCGACCCUAUCGAGUAUCAUAACACUGAUAAAGGCUUCAACGACCGUGACAACGGGGUUGCCAAUGAAGACAUGGAUGCGCCUAUGCCCGAAUCAACAUCGAUCCAUGAGCGGCCACAAUGGCAACAAAUGCGGCGUUCAAGUCAUCAACCGCAGUAUAUGCAGCCGCAGACAGACGAGUUUCUACCGGGGUCGAAAAGACAUGUACGCACACAGUCACUAGAAGCUUUGUCAGAGUUACCAGUGGGAAAACGCUAUGGACGCGGGGCUAGUACAAGUGGUGUGCACACAUCGUCAGUGCAAGGAACUGCGUCACCACUCGAAGCCAUGUCGGCGCUUUUCGCAUCUAUUGAUGAAGAAAAAGAAGAAGAACAUGAAGAAGACUGUGCUAACGUCGUGGAUUCAGUGGGAGAAGUGCCGAUGACAUUCUCAUCGGCUAUGGAAUCCAGCGACGCAAGAAAGUGGCGUGAAGCGUGCGAAUCAGAGUUUCAGUCAUUGUGCAAGAACAACACGUGGGAACUCGUGCCGUUACCAAGUGAUCGCAAGGCGAUCAGCAGCAAGUGGGUGUUCAAGGUGAAGGAGACUGUUGAUGGACUCAUCGAGCGAUACAAAGCGCGCCUCGUGGCAAAAGGAUUUUUGCAAAAGUAA